AUGAAUCGGUUUAUAAUUUUUGCUGUACUGGCUAUCUUGGCCUUUGUUCAAGCUGACAUUGGAAACCAACAAGAAGACCACCAUCGAGUUAGGAGACAAUUUGGAAAUGGAGGUUUUGGAAAUGGAGGCUUUGGAAAUAGUGGUGGACUAGGAGGUGGUCGAGGUGGUGGAUUUGGAGGAGGUCUCGGUGGAGGACGAGGAGGAGGAUUUGGAGGCAACAGUGGUUUGGGAGGUUUUGGUGGCCAAAAUGGAGGUUUCGGUGGUCAAAAUGGAGGAUUCGGUGGCCAAAAUGGAGGUUUUGGUGGUGGCCGCGGAGGAGGUGGUUUCGGUGGACGAGGAGGUGGUUUCGGUGGCCCAGGAGGUGGUUUCGGCAGUCAAGGAGGUGGUUUCGGUAGCCAAGGAGGUGGUUUUGGAGGCCGUCCAGGAGGUUUUGGAAACCAAGGAGGAUUCCUUGGAUAA